GCAGCCGGGACUCGGGACCUUGGCAGGAGAAACUGAGAUGUGACCCCCUCCGACUGCCCAUUGCCCUCUUUGGCAUCCUGCCUGCUUCUCCCACUUCCUCUCCCACUCCACGGCCCCACUGGACAGCGAGCGUUUGCCUCGAUCUCCGGGGAGAGAGGAGCGGCCACCAGGCGCACAGCCGGGCAGAAGUUGGGCUCAGCUGGGCAGCGCUGAUCCGGCUGCGCCAGUGGGGUAGGCUAGGAAGUGGGAGAGGAGGGCGCAGUAGAGGAUCUGGGAGAUAGGGCUUUGAGUGGGCUUUUCCUGCUCCCCCGGCCCCGGGGUCGGGGCAGGGGGAGAAAUGCUGAGCCAGCGCCUAGGUGAUCGCCGCCGCGACAGCAGCCUCAGCAACAGCUUCAGCAUCAGCACCGGCGGGACAGCGACAGCGGGGGCGGCGCAGGCGCACUGUGCCCCGCGGAGCCUGCAGUUCCCGAGCCCCGUGUGCGGCACCGCCACAGUCUGGGCAGCGGCGGCCGGGGGAGCGCUACUACCAUGAACUGCCUGGUCCUCCUCCCCAGAGCUGCUCAUCCGGGUCGGGCUGGAGACACAGUCAGGGGACCCCGUCGCCGCCGCCGCGCCCCCUCUUCUUUCGGCUCGAUCUUCUCUUCCACCUUUUCCUCUUCUUCCUCCACCUUCUCUUCCUGCGUUCCCCCCUCCCCCGCCGCGGAUCCUGGCCGCUGCUCUCCAGACCCAGGAUGCCGGGGGGCAAGAGAGGGCUGGUGGCACCACAGAACACAUUUUUGGAGAACAUCGUCAGGCGCUCCAGCGAGAAAAAAGGGGCCCAGGAAAGAAGAAAACAGAAAAGGCAGUAUUUUAUGAACCACUUAACCUUCAAGAGAAGAAAAUCGAGUUUCUUACUGGGAAAUGCCCAGAUUGUGGAUUGGCCUGUAGUUUAUAGUAAUGACGGUUUUUGCAAACUCUCUGGGUAUCAUCGAGCUGACGUCAUGCAGAAAAGUAGCACUUGCAGUUUUAUGUAUGGAGAAUUGACUGACAAGAAAACCAUUGAGAAAGUCAGGCAGACUUUUGACAACUACGAGUCAAACUGCUUUGAAGUUCUUUUGUACAAGAAAAACAGAACCCCUGUUUGGUUUUAUAUGCAAAUUGCACCAAUAAGAAAUGAACAUGAAAAGGUGGUUUUGUUCCUAUGCACUUUCAAGGACAUUACGUUGUUCAAACAGCCAAUAGAGGAUGAUUCAACAAAAGGUUGGACAAAAUUUGCCCGAUUGACACGGGCUUUGACAAAUAGCCGAAGUGUUUUGCAACAGCUCACGCCAAUGAAUAAAACAGAGGUGGUCCACAAACAUUCAAGACUAGCUGAAGUUCUUCAGCUGGGAUCAGAUAUCCUUCCUCAGUACAAGCAAGAAGCGCCAAAGACGCCACCACACAUUAUUUUACACUAUUGUGCUUUUAAAACAACUUGGGAUUGGGUGAUUUUAAUUCUUACCUUCUACACCGCCAUUAUGGUUCCUUAUAAUGUGUCCUUCAAAACGAAGCAGAACAACAUAGCCUGGCUGGUGCUGGACAGUGUGGUGGAUGUUAUUUUUCUGGUUGACAUUGUUUUAAAUUUUCACACGACCUUUGUGGGACCUGGUGGAGAGGUCAUUUCUGACCCCAAGUUGAUCAGGAUGAACUAUCUGAAAACUUGGUUUGUGAUCGAUCUGUUGUCUUGUUUACCUUAUGACAUCAUCAAUGCCUUUGAAAAUGUUGAUGAGGGAAUCAGCAGUCUCUUCAGUUCUUUAAAAGUGGUGCGUCUCUUGCGACUGGGCCGUGUUGCCAGGAAAUUGGACCAUUACCUAGAGUAUGGAGCAGCGGUCCUUGUGCUCCUGGUGUGUGUGUUUGGACUAGUUGCUCACUGGCUGGCCUGCAUAUGGUACAGCAUUGGGGACUAUGAGGUCAUCGAUGAAGUCACAAACACCAUCCAAAUAGACAGUUGGCUCUACCAGCUGGCCUUGAGCAUUGGGACUCCGUAUCGAUACAAUACCAGUGCAGGGAUAUGGGAAGGAGGACCCAGCAAGGAUUCACUGUAUGUGUCCUCUCUCUACUUUACCAUGACAAGCCUUACAACCAUAGGAUUUGGAAACAUAGCUCCUACCACAGAUGUGGAAAAGAUGUUUUCCGUGGCCAUGAUGAUGGUUGGCUCUCUUCUUUAUGCAACUAUUUUUGGAAAUGUUACCACAAUUUUCCAGCAAAUGUAUGCCAACACCAACCGGUACCAUGAGAUGCUGAAUAAUGUACGGGACUUUCUGAAACUCUAUCAGGUCCCCAAAGGCCUUAGUGAACGAGUCAUGGAUUAUAUUGUCUCAACGUGGUCUAUGUCAAAAGGCAUUGACACAGAAAAGGUCCUCUCCAUCUGUCCCAAGGACAUGAGAGCUGAUAUCUGUGUUCAUCUAAACCGGAAGGUUUUUAAUGAGCAUCCUGCUUUUCGAUUGGCCAGCGACGGGUGUCUGCGCGCCUUGGCGGUAGAGUUUCAAACUAUUCACUGUGCUCCUGGGGACCUCAUUUACCAUGCUGGAGAAAGUGUGGAUGCCCUCUGCUUUGUGGUGUCAGGAUCCUUGGAAGUCAUCCAGGAUGAUGAGGUGGUGGCUAUUUUAGGGAAAGGGGAUGUAUUUGGAGACAUCUUCUGGAAGGAAACCACCCUUGCUCAUGCCUGUGCCAAUGUCCGAGCACUGACAUACUGUGACCUCCACAUCAUCAAGCGAGAAGCCUUGCUUAAAGUCCUGGACUUUUAUACAGCUUUUGCAAACUCAUUCUCAAGGAAUCUCACUCUUACUUGCAAUCUAAGGAAACGGAUCAUUUUCCGCAAAAUCAGUGAUGUGAAGAAAGAAGAGGAGGAGCGCCUCAGACAAAAGAAUGAGGUCACCCUCAGCAUCCCCGUGGACCACCCAGUAAGAAAGCUCUUCCAGAAGUUCAAGCAGCAGAAGGAGCUGCGGAAUCAGGGGUCAACGCAGAGUGACCCUGAGCGGAACCAGCUGCAGGUAGAAAGCCGCUCUUUACAGAAUGGAGCCUCCAUCACUGGCACCAGUGUGGUCACCGUGUCACAGAUUACGCCCAUUCAGACAUCUCUGGCCUAUGUGAAAACCAGCGAGUCCCUCAAACAAAACAACCGUGAUGCCAUGGAACUCAAGCCCAGUGGCGGUGCUGACCCCAAAUGUCUCAAAGUCAACAGCCCCAUAAGAAUGAAGAAUGGAAAUGGAAAAGGGUGGCUGCGACUCAAGAAUAAUAUGGGAGCCCAUGAGGAGAAGAAGGAAGACUGGAAUAAUGUCACUAAAGCUGAGUCGAUGGGGCUACUGUCCGAGGACCCCAAGGGCAGUGAUUCAGAGAACAGCGUCACCAAAAAUCCAUUAAGAAAAACAGAUUCUUGUGACAGUGGGAUUACAAAAAGUGACCUUCGUUUGGAUAAGGCUGGGGAGGCGCGAAGUCCGCUAGAGCAUAGCCCCAUCCAGGCUGAUGCCAAGCACCCCUUUUAUCCCAUCCCUGAGCAGGCCUUACAGACCACACUGCAGGAAGUCAAACAUGAACUCAAAGAGGACAUUCAGCUGCUAAGCUGCAGAAUGACUGCCCUGGAGAAGCAGGUGGCAGAAAUUUUAAAAAUACUUUCAGAAAAAAGUGUGCCCCCGACCUCUUCUCCCAAAUCCCAAAUGCCGCUCCAAGUACCUCCCCAAAUACCGUGUCAGGAUAUUUUUAGUGUUUCAAGGCCUGAGACACCUGAAUCUGACAAAGAUGAUAUCCACUUUUAAUAUAUAUAUAUAUAUACACAUAUAUAUUUGUUAAUAUGUUAAAAAUAGUAUAUACAUCUAUAUACAUAUGUGUGUAUAUACAGUAUAUACAUAUAUAUAUAUAUUUUCACUUGCUUUCAAUAUGAUGAACACAAUAUGGAUUUUGAUAUGUAAAUAUUGCAUGUCCAGCUGGAUUCUGGCCUGCCAAAGAAGAUAAUUAUUAAAAACAUAGAUCUCGCUUGUAUAUUAUGCAGUUGACUGCAUGUACGCUUUACAUUUAUUUAUAAUCUCUAUAAUUUUAAAAGGUAUGAUUUUUGUUAACCAAGGCAAUGUAAUAGUUAAAGAAUCAGGGUCCAACCUGCCAAUGUUGCCAUGACAAAUUUGAUCUCAGGCCGACUAUAUUGAGCUGUCAUUUCCUCACUCUUCUGUUAAGUUAAAAUUAUAAAUUAAUGCCAAGGAAGCAUUCAACACUUUAAAAUGUUAGUGCCAUUUUGUGAUCCCUUUCCAUAGGCUAUUUUUCUGUAACUUAGUGUUAGGUUAUUUUCCCCAAUAGACAGUGUUUGCUCCAUUUAAAUGACUGUUUUGUUGCCUCAGUCAGAUAGCAGUGUGGGAUGCUGAGAACUUACUGCUAUGGGGUUUGUGCAUGAAUUGCAUUUUUGCUCAACUAUACCUCUCCUUUUUUAACAUUAUACUUAGAUAGUAAUCAUAAACUCUUAUGUAAGGAUAUCCCUACUCCCUCUGUCUUGAAUAACAGCCACCAUCUUAUAAGCUGAUUUUAUCAACCCCAUAAAUAUGAAACUAUUAAUAUAGUGUAUAUUAUAGAAAUACUGCAUCACAGGGUAAAAGGGCCUUUUAACAACUCAUGUUAGAGAUGGUGAUUUUCCAAAGGUGAUGAAUGUUCUAAAUUUGUUUUUUUAAAACUUGUUCAAGGGUGAAGUUAAAAGGCUCUUAGCAAAGAAACAAGCAAACAAAAUACAUUUAAGUAAUCAUAUCAAAAAUUAAACUAGAAUGAUAUAAAAUAAAAAAGAAUAUAAAUAGACAAGUUUUUGUAGCUUAUUCGUGACUUAGAAAGAAUGAAACACGGGUACAGAAUUGUUCACACCUGAUUCUUAACUGCUUAUAGAGGUAAUACAUGAAAUGUGGUUAGAAAAAAAAGAAAACUAAAUAGUAGACGUUAAGUUGCUCAACUCAGACAACUGCUUUUCUAUAAUUUUCUUCUGGUUACAAUUUUCUAAAGCUUUUUUUGCACACAGUUCUACUGCUGGACUUCUGCUGAGUUGAUACAAUAGACUACCACAGCUCAGACAGAUCCGCUCAUGAAAGGGGGGUACUAAAGACUGAAUUUCAGAGUCUUUUGGGCCACAAAUUCUCUUCUUAGAAAGUGCCUAUUAUCAACCAAAAAAAAAAGUAACAAAAGGCUGUGUAUAGCUAGACUCUUAAAUGCUGUGUAUUGAGAAUAAAAUGCACACUCAUUUGUGAGAAACUAGAAAACUUUAUUUCUUUUGACUAAAGUUUACUUUAUAAAGUUGAUCAGAGAGGCAUACUUUUAAAUUGCUGCAUGCAUGACAUUUAGCAGUGGGAGCAGGGCAGUUAAUGUUUGCAUCAAGUUGAAAAUAUAUAGCAGUAAUUUGUAUAUUAUUACAUAUAUGACCAUCUGUACAUAUAUGUUAACAUACACAAGAUGAUAGCAAAAUCAAAGGAGAUAUUUUGAUGUACUGUACCCAUUUUUAUGAGCUUUUUAAACUAUCUCUGAGGAUCCCCAAACAAAAGCAACAGAACUGAAAAACAAGUUACGACCAUCAGACUGGAGAAGUGAAAAAACAAAGUGAUUUAUAAAAACAGUUGAUAUUUUAGAAUUUCUAUUAGAGGUUCUUCACAUGCCCACAAGAUGUGCCUCUUUAAUCCAGGAGUCUCAGAACAGAUGUUAUCUGCCAUGGGUUCCAUUUUCCUUUCUUUGUGCCCAUAACUUCCAUUUCUCAAAAUGGAAGUUUUCAGGGGAACACAUCUCCAUGCUAUGCUACAAUAUCUACCUACCAUAGGCACAAGACAAUGAGGUAACCAUGGUGUAAGAAAUCAACAUUGAAAUUGAGACUCUGUUGCUUUUAUGAUGAGGAUGGUACCUUUUUCUUGACUUCAGAUGUUUAUUGAAUUUCAGGGUAUUUUCUAUUUAACCAUGUAUGAGACAAGCUUGGCUAAGCUUUCAAAGUGCGUGGUAAAAAUAAUCUGAGUACAGAAAUGUUUAGUUUAACUUUAGCCAUGUGCUUCAGAAAUACCAGUUGGUGUAAAGGUAUGAGUGACUGUGAAGCAGCAGGGCAGUUUGUAAUUGUGAUCCAUGCCUUUGCUUAUUAGUGUUGCUAAUAUCUGCUGUGUUCUGACAUUGACUCAGAGCUUCAUCCAAUUGACCUACAAUAUCGAUGUUCAUAUAUAGAGGAAAGAACCUUAUACUUUAGAACUACUUCAGGUUGUCACAAAAAAGGGAAGAGUAUCGGUUGCUUAUUUAUGGUGCAGUUAUCACAGUAUUCUUUUCCAGCCACCUCUGUUCCUGUGUGCAUGAUAUGAUGAAGUGCUGAAUGCACUCUGCUGUUUUCAGAAGGAAUGCAUGUGUUCAGCUAACAUUGUAUAUAGAGUAGUCUUUUAGGUUUCCAGAUUCCACAACUCUUUCCAGUCAAACUUACUCAGAUUUGAAUGAGGGGUGAGCACUUGCUUUAAUACGUGCAGUAAUGAUACAGUCAUGUUCUGUGUUGCCUCAACCAGCACAUAGACAGUAGAUUCUCUUUUGGGGGACCAGAUGACUGCAUGUUUUAUUCUUAUACUGUAUAGAUGCUCUCAGUGCAUCCAGAGUAAACUUUUGUAUUAUUAUCUUUCUGAACAAUGGAAUAAUAGGAGUAAAUAGAUAUGUAUUUAAAAUUUGAACAUUUUCCAAAGCAACUUAUACACCUUCAAUAUUUUUCUAUGAUAAUGUAUAAGAUCAGAUGCUGUACCCUGGACAGGUGGUUGUAAUGUACUGUGAUAACAGAAGUCAAACAAAAACGGAAAUGUGAGCUGCAUAUCAUAAUGACAAGUUUUAUCAGUCUGUAUUAGGAUAUUAUUGCACUAAAUGUGAUCUAGUAAAUAGAGGAGCUUAUGAUAAAAGGCAAAUAGGAACAUGAAAGGCAGAUGACAAUGCCAAAGCUGCUCGUGUCCCACAUUGACAUAAAUAGUCUUUAGAAUGGUCCAGGCAUAGACGUUGAAUAGAGACACAUACUUCAUUGUUAAAAUGGAAAAUUUUUAUUAUGACACUGGUUUCAUCUUACAUUAAGUGUAGAAGUACGAAUGUCCUAAGUAUUCAGUUAAAAAAUUAUGUAGAUCAGAACAAGAGAAUUAGAAAAUUUGGGGUUUUAAAUUGCUCCUAAGAACAAAUAUAUACUCUGAGAGUACCCAGCACUUUAAAAAUAUUAAUUAUGACCACUAAUUAAACUGCAUUUUGAAAGUUAAUCUUAUUUGAGCCCAAAUGAAAACCGGAGCUUUCUGCCCUUAAAUUUAAGGAGAUUUGGUUCACCUGUGAGAUCUGACCCAUAUGCUGUUCUAUUUUAAAUAAAUUCUUUUAGAAACCUGUUUUUAAAAAAGUUAGUCUUCAGAACAGUGACUGUUUUUGAAGUGUGCAGUGGCUGACACUAGUGAAAUUAUUUGUCAUAUCCCUAAUAAAUUCCACUAUCUUUUAAGAUAUCUAUCUCUUUUCCAAAAUUUUAUGUAGGUAAUAAGAAAAUUUGUCUAGAAUGUACAUAUCAUACAUGAAUAACUUUAAAGUAAGAAUAUUUUGUAACCACGUGAAUGUUGUGUUUCAUACUUUGUUAUGAUAAGUGUAUUUCUCUUGUGGUCUAGACGGAAAGGGAGAGAAGAAAGAACAACUUUUUGGAAAACUAGAAUUCAAGCCUAGGAUGAAUAUCUGAGCUCUGUCUUGGAUUCCACAUCUAGCUUUGCCACAGUCACACUGUAACUUUGGGCAAGUUAACUGUUUUUUGGUGUAUCAGGGGCUUCAGUUUCCCUACUGAUAAAUAAUACAAUGAAGGUAAGAACUGCUCCCUUCUUUCACCAAGAUGAUAUUAGGUCAGUGGAAAAUCAUCUUCCUCUCAGAUGAAAAUAACAUUAAGACAAAUUUUUUUUUUUUCAUUCAUAGCAGACUAGCCAAGAUGCACUUUCUAAAUAUUCUUCUAGGUUUUAGAGAAGACUUCUCUGGUCAGAGUUUGGUGGGGAAAGGCAUAAGUAGCUAAAUAAUUAUUGGUCAAUGGCAUGUGAGUAUAAGACUUGAAAAUUAUCUGGGAAUAUAGAGCUAAUAAUCAAAUAAACAUGGAAAGAAUGAAGAACUUUUAGGAAGGAAGAGAGAAAUAAGAGAAAAAGGCAUAUGUAAAUAUUAUGAUUUUUCUUAUUCUACCUAAUAAUACUGCUCAGCAGAAAUUCUCAAUUUUGUGAGAAAAAGUAAACAACUUGGUGAAUAUUCAAGGUAUAGUUCAUCUUCAACUUUUUGUAUGAAAAUAAUCAUGACUUUCUCAAGAUAAUGGCUCCACAUAGGUAGAUGUUCUUAUAACAAA